AUGCAUACUGUUGAUCUUGAAGCAGAACCUAAUAUUGAGCUUCUAAAUGAAAUUAAUAGAAAUCCUGCCAACAAUUUAUACUUACUUUUUACUAGGCGAAAUCCAACAUCAUCUCAAACGCUAGUUAUCGAUAAUGCUUACUCAGUAACAUCCUCCAAUUUCAAUCCUAAUGUACCUACUGUUGUUAUUGCACAUGGUUGGCUCAGCAAGCAGAGUACUAGCGUCAAUUCAGUUAUUCGAGAUGCUUACCUUGGAAAAAGUGAUUGUAACGUCAUUGUACUGGAUUGGAGGCGUUUAGCGCUUUCAGAUUAUGUUACCGCUGUAAGAGGAGUGCCCGCUGUUGGUCGUGGCCUUGGGCAGUUUAUGGCUUUUCUUAACCGCGUAACCGGAGCACCUUAUAGUUCGAUGCACUUGGUUGGUUUUAGUUUGGGUGCUCAUCUUGUUGGUAACGCAGGCAGGGAGCUUGGUGGGAGAAUAGCCCGAAUUACCGGCUUGGAUCCUGCUGGCCCUCUAUGGAGUUCAAACUCCGAUAGCCUAAGCAGUAAUGACGGUGUUUACGUUGAAGCUAUUCACACUAACGGAGGAACCGUUGGAUUAGGGAUCGGCUCAGCGGUUGCAAAUGCAGACUUUUACCCCAAUGGUGGAAAAUCCCAACCCGGAUGUGUGACAAAUACAUGCGAUCACAAUCGCGCUUGGAAGCUUUUCGCUGCAACCGUUACAUAUAACCAUCUCGUUGGACGUGAGUGUACGACCGGACAAAUUUCAUCAAGCAAUUGCAAUGGAAAUAGUCUGCAUAUGGGCAAUGACAUUUUAACUAAAACUGGAUCUGGAUCAUAUUACCUGGACACUGACAGAAAAUAUCCGUUCUAG